AUCUUUCGCCCCCGGAAGGGCAGCGGCGGGCGCCUGUGUGGAAGGUGGGGUGGCCAGAGACACCCGAGGGACCUGAGCUGGAUCGCCAUACCUACCCUGUGGUCCUCAUCUUCCUGUCCUCAUAGCUCCUCCUCUCCAAGCAUGUCUUCCCCGUUGCAAAGAGCUAUGGGAGAUACCAAGAGGGCCUUGUCUGCAUCUUCUAGUUCCUCUGCCAGUCUACCCUUUGAUGACAGGGACUCAAACCAUACCUCAGAGGGGUACAUAUUACUCUCCCGUUUAUGGAUGAAUGAUAGAUGACUUCCUGAGCCAUGAUUAUCUUUCUCUACAAAGAGCAGUGAUCUCGCUACCUGCUAAGAAUGGCGACUCUUUGUUAGCUGAUGAAGACACUGACUUUGAAGACAGCUUGAAUCGCAAUGUGAAGAAGAGAGCAGCAAAACGACCACCGAAAACAACACCGGUGGCAAAACAUCCAAAGAAAGGGUCCCGAGUGGUACAUCGUUAUAGCCGGAAACAGUCAGAGCCACCAGCCAAUGAUCUUUUCAAUGCUGUGAAAGCCGCCAAAAGUGACAUGCAGUCUUUGGUAGAUGAGUGGCUGGAUAGCUACAAGCAAGACCAGGAUGCAGGAUUUCUGGAGCUUGUUAACUUUUUCAUCCAAUCUUGCGGAUGUAAAGGCAUUGUGACCCCCGAGAUGUUCAAGAAGAUGUCCAACUCAGAGAUCAUCCAGCACCUAACAGAGCAGUUUAAUGAGGUGGAAGAAGAUGACCAGGAUCCUCUUACCCCUCUUAUUUCAAAACACAAUGCCUAUUAUCCCCUUCUUUUUGAUUCUGUGAAAUAGGGUAGCUUUUAGAAGGAGGAAUUCAGUCUCUUGGGGGUAAAAGAGAUCUGAAUAUGCCUCUCAAAUUGGGGAGAAUACCAGGAAAUGAGGACUCGGGGGACUACCCUCUCAUAGCUCCAGGUCCAUCCUGGAAGAAGUUCCAGGGCAGCUUCUGUGAAUUUGUGAGGACAUUGGUCUGUCAGUGCCAGUACAGCCUCCUCUAUGAUGGCUUCCCUAUGGACAACCUCAUCUCCCUGCUCACUGGCCUCUCAGACUCACAAGUCCGCGCCUUCCGUCACACUAGCACCCUGGCUGCUAUGAAACUGAUGACCUCCCUGGUAAAAGUUGCCCUCCAACUGAGUGUGCACCAAGAUAACAAUCAGCGUCAGUAUGAGGCUGAAAGAAACAAGGGGCCAGGGCAGAGGGCACCUGAGCGGCUGGAGAGCCUGUUGGAGAAACGCAAAGAGCUCCAAGAGCAUCAAGAGGAGAUUGAGGGGAUGAUGAAUGCCCUCUUCAGGGGUGUCUUUGUUCAUCGGUACAGGGAUGUCCUUCCUGAGAUCCGUGCUAUCUGCAUUGAGGAAAUUGGGUGUUGGAUGCAAAGCUACAGCACGUCUUUCCUCACCGACAGCUAUUUAAAAUAUAUUGGUUGGACUCUGCAUGAUAAGCACCGAGAAGUCCGCCUGAAGUGUGUGAAGGCCCUGAAAGGGCUGUACGGUAACCGGGACCUGACCACACGCCUGGAGCUCUUCACCAGCCGCUUCAAGGACCGGAUGGUUUCCAUGGUCAUGGACAGAGAGUAUGAUGUGGCAGUGGAGGCUGUCAGAUUACUGAUACUUAUCCUUAAGAACAUGGAAGGGGUGCUGACGGACGCGGACUGUGAGAGCGUCUACCCCGUUGUGUAUGCCUCUCAUCGAGGCCUGGCCUCUGCCGCAGGCGAAUUUCUGUACUGGAAACUCUUCUACCCUGAGUGCGAGAUAAGAAUGAUGGGUGGAAGAGAGCAACGCCAGAGCCCAGGCGCCCAGAGGACUUUCUUCCAGCUUCUGCUGUCCUUCUUUGUGGAGAGCGAGCUCCAUGACCACGCUGCUUACUUAGUAGACAGUCUGUGGGACUGUGCAGGGGCUCGGCUGAAGGACUGGGAGGGUCUGACAAGCCUGCUGCUGGAGAAGGACCAGAACCUGGGUGAUGUGCAGGAGAGCACACUGAUAGAAAUCCUUGUGUCCAGUGCCCGGCAAGCUUCAGAGGGGCACCCGCCUGUGGGCCGGGUCACUGGGAGGAAGGGCUUAACCUCUAAGGAGCGCAAGACCCAAGCCGAUGACAGGGUGAAGUUGACUGAGCACCUCAUCCCCCUGCUGCCCCAGCUCCUGGCCAAGUUCUCAGCUGAUGCAGAGAAGGUCACUCCCCUGCUCCAGCUUCUCAGCUGCUUUGACCUCCACAUCUACUGCACUGGGCGCUUGGAGAAGCACCUGGAGCUGUUCCUGCAGCAACUCCAGGAGGUGGUGGUGAAGCAUGCAGAGCCAGCGGUGCUUGAGGCUGGGGCGCAUGCCCUCUACCUGCUCUGUAAUCCCGAAUUCACUUUCUUCAGCCGGGCGGACUUUGCCCGCAGCCAGCUAGUAGAUUUGCUGACUGACCGCUUCCAGCAGGAGCUUGAAGAGCUGUUACAGUCGUCCUUCCUAGAUGAGGAUGAGGUAUAUAAUCUGGCAGCCACUCUGAAACGCCUCUCUGCCUUCUACAACGCUCAUGACCUGACUCGCUGGGAGCUCUAUGAGCCAUGUUGCCAACUCCUGCAGAAGGCUGUGGACACAGGAGAGGUUCCUCACCAGGUUAUCCUGCCAGCCUUGACUCUUGUCUAUUUUUCCAUUCUCUGGACACUAACCCACAUUUCUAAAUCAGAUGCUUCCCAGGUGAGUGUGGGUCUCUUAGAUGGGAUAAUGGGAACAGAGGAGUCUGUGUCUUCAUUCUUCCCCUUCAAGCCACUGUGCCCACAGAAGCAGCUGUCGAGUUUGAGGGACAGAAUGGUGGCCUUCUGUGAACUCUGCCAGAGUUGCCUCUCAGAUGUGGAUACUGAGAUCCAGGAGCAGGCUUUUGUCUUAUUAAGUGAUCUACUUCUCAUCUUUAGCCCUCAGAUGAUUGUUGGGGGCCGUGAUUUCCUUAGGCCACUUGUCUUUUUUCCUGAAGCUACUCUCCAGUCUGAGCUAGCCAGCUUCCUCAUGGACCACGUCUUCAUCCAGCCGGGAGACCUGGGCAGUGGUGAUUCCCAGGAGGAUCAUUUACAGAUAGAGCGGCUACACCAGCGGCGCCGCCUCCUAGCCGGGUUCUGCAAGCUGUUGCUUUAUGGGGUGCUGGAGAUGGAUGCAGCCUCAGAUGUUUUCAAACACUACAACAAGUUCUACAAUGACUAUGGUGACAUUAUCAAGGAAACAUUAACUAGAGCAAGGCAGAUUGACCGAAGUCAUUGUUCCCGAAUCCUGCUGCUGAGCCUCAAGCAGCUGUACACAGAACUGCUGCAGGAGCAUGGGCCCCAGGGCCUGAAUGAGCUUCCUGCCUUCAUCGAGAUGAGGGACCUGGCCCGGAGGUUUGCCUUGAGUUUUGGACCCCAGCAGCUGCAGAACCGUGACCUCGUGGUCAUGCUACACAAGGAAGGCAUCAAGUUCUCCUUGUCUGAGCUUCCUCCAGCUGGCUCCUCCAAUCAGCCUCCAAAUCUGGCAUUCCUGGAGCUCCUUUCAGAGUUUUCCCCCCGACUCUUCCAUCAGGACAAGCAGCUUUUACUGUCCUAUCUAGAAAAGUGCCUGCAGCAUGUCUCCCAGGCACCUGGCCGUCCCUGGGGCCCAGUCACCACCUACUGCCACUCCCUCAGCCCUGUGGAGAACACAGCAGAGACCAGCCCUCAGGUCCUCCCCAGCUCCAAGAGGAGGCGCGUUGAAGGGCCUGCCAAGCCUAACAGAGAGGACGUCUCCUCGUCCCAGGAAGAAAGUCUGCAGCUGAACAGCAUCCCGCCCACGCCCACCCUCACCUCCACAGCUGUGAAGAGCAGGCAGCCCCUGUGGGGGUUGAAAGAGAUGGAGGAAGAAGAUGGCUCAGAGUUGGAUUUUGCCCAGGGCAGUCAGCCCGUUGCAGGCACCGAGAGGUCAAGGUUCUUGGGUCCACAAUAUUUCCAGACUCCACACAACCCUUCAGGUCCUGGCCUGGGCAACCAGCUGAUGCGACUCAGCCUUAUGGAAGAGGACGAGGAAGAAGAGUUAGAAAUCCAGGAUGAGUCAAAUGAAGAACGGCAGGAUACAGACAUGCAAGCAAGUAGCUACUGUUCCACCAGUGAGCGCGGGCUGGACCUCUUAGAUUCUACAGAGCUGGAUAUUGAGGAUUUCUGACAGGACUCUGGGCCCCUCCCCAGCUCCACUCCCUACCUCAAGAAUGUGACCAUUUGGAAAAGGCAGAGAAAAGGAGCAAAAUGAAGCAUUCCCCCAGGCUUCAGCCCUGGGCUCUGAGGGGAAAGAGUUGGGCAUUGUUUUUCUAACCUAACCUUUCCCUCUGGGGUAGAGAAGCCGAGAGACCCUGUCCUCCCUAAUGCACUGUGGCCCAGUCCCCUUGCCUUUUUCCUGUUCUGUUUGGAGUGGAGAAGGGCAGCACCUCUGUGUUUAAUGGAAAUAGCCCAUGGUUUUCUGGAUUUUUGGAACAUCUUUCUCAGCCUAUUUUGUGUCCUAAUGAUUCGCUCAAUAAACAUGUUUGAAUCCA